AUGGAAUUCGAUUAAACAUGCACUCAACAUCCUAAAUAAAAAAUCAGUUGGGUUUGUUUAGAGAAACAGUGUUAGCAACGAGUAAUGUGCUCACCAUGUGCAGUCAAGAUUCAUGAGAAAUCACAUAAAGUAAAUUUGAAUUGUAAUUUAAAAGUUAGAAGAACUUUCAAAUUUAUUAGAAAAUGGAGUAUUGUAAACAUAUUAAAGUAACAGCAGGAAUUUAGGUCCUGGAUUGAAAUAUUUAAUUAAAGGUGAAUCUGAAUUAAUUCAAGAAGAAAAUAGAAUUAGAAAUGAGAAUGCUUAUUUUUAAACUGUUGUAGAAAAAAAUUUGAAGGUAGUGUAAAAAAAGAUGGAUGUUUUUAAGAAAGAGUUUCUGGAGAAAUAAAAGGAGAUUAAAUUAAGUAAUUAGGAAGAGAGGAAUAAAGUAAUUAAUGAGUUAGAAUAAGUAAAUCAACAAUUAAAAGUUUCAGAAAAUAUGGGAAAUGAUAUUGAAGAAGCAUUCUAAAAGAUAUAAACCUAUGUAAAUCAUAAAGAAUAUGAGUUAAAAAACAAUAAGGAAGCCGAAAUUGUAAAUAAAAAGUAAAUUCGAUUAAAUAAUUUGUAGAAUUUAUCUUUUAAAUUUAAUGAAAGAUAACUACUUGAAAAUGAUAAAAGUCUAUUUUAGCAAUGCUUUUACCAUUGAAUUUUGUAAACUAUUCGAUAUGCAAAUGGAAACUUUGAAUUCCAAAGAGGUUUAAGAUGUGAAUGGAUUUUUAGAUUACGUGGAUAGUAAAUGGAAAUAAGAUUAUAAGAACCUUUAAGUAUCUAUAGAGAAGUUUGUUUAAAAACUGCAUGAGGGACUUAAAUAUAUCAUUUAAUUGCCGUUGCAAGAAGAGAAAGGAUAAUUAGGAUAAUUCCCUGUUCAACCUAUAAAAUAAUAAGUUAUAGUUCCCUAAUUCGCUUCUCCAGCUAGAAAUGCGGUGCAGUAUCAAUAACAACCUUAUUUUAUUCCAUUAACACCUUUCAAUUAAGUACCAUCUUAGUAUCAGUUCCAUUAAUAAUAAAUACCUUAAUCUAGCUAAAGAUUGUACUAAAAUCAGAACCAAUUCCAUUCUGCUCCCGCGCCUAAGUGUGAAGUAGAAAACGAUUAUUUUGCAUAAUCACAAAUAAUCUAUGAAGAGCCUCAUGUGCGGAAUAAUACUAGACCUGAUUUUGUUAGUUAGAGUUUAUAAUAAUAUUAAUGAUAUAAAAUUCGUAAGAAACAGAGACUCCAAUCAGAAGGAAAAUAAGCAUUGAAGAUUUUAUCAAGAUCUAAUAGAUGGGUGAUGGGGCUUACAGUACUGUAUACAGCUGCCAAAAGAAGGAAGAUCUUUAAAAAGGCAAUAGUAAUCAAUGUCCGAUCUAUGCAAUUAAAAUAAUAGAUAAAAAUUUUAUGAAAUUGGUAUCAAUUAUAUCUAUGAGAUAGAAUAAAAAGCAACAUCAUGCAUACAUUGAGAAAGAGAUGCUUUAAUAUUUAAAAUAUGAUGGAAUAAUUAAAUUGCAUUCUACAUUUCAAGACAAAAAUAAUUUGUAUUUUUUAGUUGAAUUAGCAUCGGAUUGUUUUGGUGAAUUUUUAAAGCUUUAUGGCAGUAUGAAAUAAAUGUUAAUAUAGAUUAAAAGUUGACUCAUCAAAUUAUUUAAUUUUAUACAGCUGAAAUUGUAUCCAUUCUAGAAUAUAUCCAUUCAAAAGGGAUAGUGCAUAGAGACAUAAAAGUAUAUUUACAUUUUAAGACAAGCCUGAAAAUUUAUUAAUUACUGAGGAGAAGCAUCUUAAAUUAAUAGAUUUCGGAACUGCAGUCAUCUAUGAUUAGGAAAAGGUUCCACCAAAAAUAGUUUAAGCCAUAGAGAAUUACAGAAAAGACUUUGUAGAUACCGAGAGAAGAAGACAAUAUAGCUUUGUAGGCACAAAUGCCUAUUUGACUCCUGAGAUGAUUUCUGAUAAACCAGUAGGUCCAGGGACAGAUUUAUGGGCACUAGCCAUCAUGAUGUAUAAAAUGUAUACUGGAACCAUACCAUUCAAAACAGAAAACUAGGAAGACUCAGAGGACUUAUAUAAAAAAAUUGUGAAAGAUCAAAUUAUAUUUCCAUAAGUAUUUAAAUUAUUCAUUUAUUGUCAAGAGCAUUCCUAAAUAAGCCCAGGAUUUGAUGAAGCUAUUUUUAGAGAAGGAUCUAAAUGAUAGAUUGGUCGAUUACUCCAAAAUUAAAAGUCACCCCUAUUUUGCUGAUAUUGAUUUUACUUCCUUGUGGUAAAUGAAUCCACCUCAGCCUCUCCAAAUCCAUAGAGAUUAAAGAAAAUCAAAAACCUUUGUCUAAGAACCAAUAUCAAAAAUUAUCUUUUAGGAAAUGGUUGAAAAAGAUUCUGGAUGUAAAAUUUAAAUAAAAUCAUUUUUAUAAUAGUCCUCAUAUCAUACUACUCUCCAAGACUCCUGGUAUUAUAAAUUAUUAAUGAUAUUCCUUCAAUUCAUUAUACAAAUCCAAAGUUGAAUGACAAAAAGACUGUAAUUCAUGUUACUUAAUUUUUGAAAUACUAAUUGCUUAAACAAGAUAAGUUUGUCAUAAUUGAUGAAAAACAAAAAUAUAUUUUUAAAGUAAAAAUAAAAUAUUAGUCUAUUAGUCUUAAAAUGCUAAAAAAUGGAUCAGUUUAAUUGGAGAAACUUUGAAUAACGGUCUAAAAUGA